GCGUGAACUUCAGCAUUUAAUGUACAUGACAGUUAUGUCUUUGUGUAAUGUUUGUUUGUGCUUCACAGAAUGUCUUCAAAAUGACAUUACAUAUGAAAACAAAGAACCAGUUUUGAAAGCUUCAUACAGUGAUGGUGAAACAGUGAAAGUGAACUGCAUGACAGGUUAUACUGGCAUGUAUAGAUUAAAGUGUGAACAAGGAAAAUGGAAGACAGUCGCAGAGCGACCAUGUGCAAAGAAAAAAUGUAGUCAUCCAGGGGACACCGCAAAUGGUGAUUUUAAACUUAUAGAGGGGUCGGAGUUUGUUUUUGGAGCAACAGUGUUGUAUACUUGCAAGAAAGGGUUUGAAAUGACAAGCAGAAUCAAUCAGCGUACCUGCAGAACUCAAGGAUGGGAUAAUACUCUCCCUGUCUGUGAGGCUGUGAAAUGUCCAGCCAUUCGCACAGAUGGGGGUGUGACUGCAUCGGGCAACACAGACAUGGGAAGUUAUGGUGAUGUUAUUCACUUUGAGUGUGUAUCUUCUGGCAAAAAGAUAGAUGGAAGUAGUGAAAUUCACUGCACAGAGACUGGCGAAUGGAGUGACACUGUUCCAACGUGCAAAGAGAUAACAUGCACAGCACCUGAUAUACCAAAUGGAUAUGUUGUUGAGAAAAUGCAAGAAUACCAGAAAGAUGCCAUAUUAAAAUACGGAUGUUUUAAAGGGUUCAAGCUAAAAGAGGGAAUUCCCAGAUGCUCUAAAUUUGGAUGGACUCUUAAGCCAGAAUGUGAUGAAGUAACUUGUGAGCUUAAGUCAACCACAUUUGGAGUUAAAAACAUCACACCAGAGGGUAAAACUUUUUUCAGAGCUGGAGAAAGAGUGGAGAUCACCUGCGCUGAAAAAUACUGGAUUUUUUUUACAAAAGAAAUCACCAAAUCAUUUAAAUGCCAAGAUGAUGGGAAGUGGGAUUAUGAGCCUGUUUGUCAGGAUAUUAGAUGUGAAGUUCCACAUGACCAGCAUGUGUCUAGCCCGUACUCUUACUUCAGUGGAGAUAUGAAAUUUGGAGCAAAACAUUAUUACUCUUGCAUGUCUGGUUAUGAUCAAAUGGCAGCAGAAGCCACAUGCACACGAGACGGAUGGACACCAAAACCCCUGUGUGUUGUAACUUGUGAGCUUAAGUCAACCACAUUUGGAGUUAAAAACAUCACACCAGAGGGUAAAACUGUUUUUAGAGCUGGAGAAAGAGUGGAGAUCACCUGCGCUGAAAAAUACUGGAUUUUUUUUACAAAAGAAAUCAUCAAAUCAUUUAAAUGCCAAGAUGAUGGGAAGUGGGAUUAUGAGCCUGUUUGUCAGGUUAAGAUUAUAGAGAAACACUUCUGGAUUAGGAUCUGAAUUUACUGCAUGCUA